AUGCCAACUCGGUUGAAAAAAUCCGAAAUUCCGAACCUCGGAAAAACUUCAAUUUACGAAAAUGAUAUAUGGGACAUGUCGACUGGGCGCCAGAAGGACAAAAUGCUUCUCUUGCCGGCCGAGUGCCUCGCAGACACGCUUUUUGCGGAGGCGAUCAACAUCCUGCCUUCUAUUUAUGUGGUCGGCCAGACUCCCCGUGGUGAGAGUUACGUCGUAGUUCCUUGGUCUCGUCAAAAGGGCCUUCGUGAGAGCGGCAUUUCACUUCAGAAUCUGCCUGACAACGUCCUCGCAGACGCUUGGCAGGCCAGCGAAGGGGCGAUACGAAUUCACGGUAUAGUGGAAGCGGAGCGACAGUCUCAGAUUGCAUUUGCCAGCAGUGCAGCCGACACCGCCAGGUCUGGGUGUCCCAAGGGAGUCAUUCGAUUUUACCGGUACCAUGUGGACGCGGAGCACAAGCACCUCUUGGAUUCUUCUAUCGACGUUCAACAUCGAUUUACGACGUUCUGCCGCUGUCUUGGCCUGCGUCUCCUUGAGCGUGUGGACAACUUGACCACGGCGACGGUUGAGGUGCUACUGAAACGGGAACCGAAAGAAUGGAUCGAGAAGCUUAAGUUGAGGAUUGCUGGCCAAGACGGGCUUCAAAGCCUCCAAAACGGGGUACUGUGGUUUCUUUGUGAACAUGCCAAGCGGAGAUUGAACGACGCCUCGCUGAGAGUAUGGCUGGACACAAAGGAAGGCAGGAGCGAGGAGAAGCAGAUCACAGAGACGCUAUGCAAAAGCGAGAGAUGGGAUGAGAUGGCGCUGUGUCUCUCGGCCUUGUACUACAUACAAGUUCUUCGAAGCACAGAUACGCACGACGAACCUGCGCACGGAAGCCACUUUUGCGACUUUGUCUGUCACUUGAAGGGCUAUCACUUGGAGGGCCAUCAACCGGGCAGCCGGGCGAUGUGGGAACAUUCUAACCGGGCCAGCGACUCGCGGCGGGCGCGGCUGCGGCGGCUCGACGACAGCAUCGGCGACGCGGGACCCCGGCAAAAGCCUGCGGCUGUGUCUGCGUGGCCCAUGGCGACUGCGCUAGGGCCGCCGUGUUCGCGCGGCGCGCGUGCGAGGCGCGCGUCGUGCGAAGGCUCGGACAGCCCCGACACGCAGCGGGUAGCGGCGCUGGCGUCCGACCCGGCGGGCCACGCCAUCUUCAAGGCGUUCGGCAGCGCGUGGCAGACGGCGAAGGACUCGGUCCGUCCCCCUGAGCAAGACGAGGCGCGAUUCAACAAGUGGUCGUUUUGA